UGUUGUGGGCUUGACAGUUGGGCCUCAUUGGGAUUUGAUCUCCUUUACGACCUGUACAACUGUUGUUCAUAUAGCCCCUCUUUCACUUAUCUCUCGCUUUUUAUCUAUCCCCAGCUCCCUUCCUUUUGUCCAUCAUUGUCCAGUAUACCCCAGCGUUUGAGCGAGAAUAGUAGACUACUGUUGUUAUCCAUUCUUUUGAUUAUUUUCUUUUUUCUCUGUUGAGUCAUUAGACAUACACGGUUAUACGCCUGAAACGACGCGUGCCCCGAGACAACUCUCACUCUCCACCAGCAACUCUAUACCAACUGAUUGUCUACCUUCCGUUAAGAGAGCCAAUACCACAGUCAACAUGGAACAAGACUUCCCUAUUCAACAAGCAUUCCCCUUCAGCAUGCAGAGGAACCGGCUGGCGGAACUCCUCACGGCAGAUGUGUUAGUUGCUGCGGGUUCAGCAUCAUUGAUCACUCCGGCUGUCAUGAUUCUUGACCGACUCGUCGUGGAGAAGUCAUCGCACAACCAACCUCUUUUGCCAGCAUUCCGCCGACAUCUGUGGCUUUCCAUUACCCAGCCAGCGACGUUCCUUACAUCCCGCCCGAGUCUCCUAGUCUGGGGUCUCUACACCGCAACGUUCGCAGCAGCAAAUGCCACAGAGACGGUCUUGGACCGAGUCUAUCCGGGGGUUGACCACGCCAUUUCGGGAAUGGCGACGUUCCUUUCGACUUUUGUUGUCAACUCCUCUGUGGGCAUCUGGAAAGAUAUCAAAUUCGCCCAGCUCUUCGGCCACCCACCCGCCCCAAAGCCCACCAAUCCGAUCCCCAAUCCAACAGCCGUCUCCAAGAGCAACAUCCUGCGCCGCGCUAUCCGCACCAUGCCGCUCGCAACCUACUCGGCCUUCCUUCUCCGGGACGGCCUCACCAUCUUCGGUUCCUUCAGUCUCCCCGCUAUGGUAUCCAGCUCAAUCCCCGACUGGGUCGCUUCCCGCGAGUACGCCAAGAUCCUCAUCGCUCAACUUGCUAUCCCCGCCUCCAUCCAGCUGGUCAGCACCCCCAUCCACCUUCUGGGCCUGGACCUCUACAACCGCCCGAUGCAACUCCCCGCCAGAGACCGAAUCGCACGUGUCAGCAGAGACUGGAUCGGUGCGUCCCUGACUCGUAUGUGCCGCAUUAUCCCGGCAUUCGGCAUCGGUGGGUUUGCCAAUACCGAGGGUCGGGCGUUUUUGCACCAGCAACUCCAGCUAUGCGGGGAGGAGUAUGAAAACGAGGGCUGAGUGAUCUCUAUCUUAUCGAGAAAAAUCACUCAUGCCGCGCUGGCAUUGGCUGCCGG